AUGAGCCGCCAUCAUCCGUACGCGACGCCCUAUGAUGCACCGCCUCGUAGAGGUGAUUUUUCCGGUCCCGGCCCCGACAGAUCACACCGCUAUGAUGGAAGACCCCCGCGAGGAAGAGGAUUUGGUGGACGUGGCAGAGGUCGUGCUUCCUACGGCGGUGGUUAUGAUGCUGGUGGUCACUCGGCAUAUGAUCAAGCGCCUCCCCAGGGAGAGCCGUAUUACGACUCUGGUCCUAGUCAAGACUAUUAUCAGACCGUACCUUAUGGAGCUUCCUCUCAGUACCCACCCGGAGAACACAGUCAAAGCAACUAUGGUUAUGAAGGUCCCGGCUAUGACAACGCACCCGGAAGUCGCCCCCCAAGGCGCGGCCCACGCCGAGAAAGAGACGAUAAAGUGCAUGACUCGAUAAUCGAAGAACGCAUUCAACGCGAGAGGCCCUGCCGCACGCUGUUCAUACGUAACAUCAAGUACGAGACGAACAGCGAUGAGGUCCGAAGACAGUUCGAGGAACAUGGUCAGAUUAAAACCUUCUUUGACCUGAUUGCGAACCGUGGUAUGGUCUUCGUCACAUUCUACGAUUUGCGCGCGGCCGAGAGGGCAAGGGAACGGUUACAAGGAUCCGAAAUUAGUGGUAGACCUAUCGAUGUUCACUACUCGCUGCCCAGAGACGACUCGCAGAAGGGCGGCACACAAAACCAAGAAAUGCAAGGCGCCCUCCUCGUGACCCUCCGCAACUCUCCCUCUGGCCAACCAAUCGAUGAAGGCGAAGUUCGCCGCAAGUUCCAGCAAUUCGGCGAUGUCAAGUCCGUGAGGCCUGCCGGCGACCGUCCGGAUCAAUGCUACGUCGAAUUCUUCGAUAUCAGGUCUGCGGAAGAAGCUUACGGACGGUUACGGCAUCAAAGCCUGCAGGAUGGGACGGUCGAUAUCAUGCUGGCGUGGGAUGAAACCGCGAAUCCUGUUCCUCACAGUGGUGGUGGUGGAGGCCAGGAUUAUGACGAUCGUGGAUUCCGAGGAGGCAGAGGGCGUGGGCGUGGCCGCGGCCGAGGCGGAUACGGUGGUGGUGGCGGCUACGAUGACGAUCGUCGGGGAGGAAGCGACGGUGGUGGUUACUGGGAAGAAGACAGGGACCGGCCUCCUCCGAGGAGAUAUAAAGAGGAGUAUAGAGGAGGAGGGAGGGGAGGCCGUGGAAGCUAUGGCGGCGAUAGAUUCGAUAGUCGCAACGGUGGUGGCUACGGUGGUGGAGACGGCUAUGGUCCUCCGCCCGGUCCUGGUGGACCAUACGGUGGGCCUCCUCCUAUGGCUCCGCCGCCCGUCGAUGAACGUCUUGACCAAGCACGAAAAGUCCAACAACUCCUUGCAGCCCUGAAACAACCCCAAGGAGGUCCAGGAGGACCUCCCUCAUCUGGACCACCCCACGGAGGACCUCCAGGCCCAGGCUACUACUCAACACCUCCCAACUCUGCCGGACCAGGCGGCAUGCCACCUUACGGCUCUGGUCCACCUCCCGUACCGGGAGGCUACCCAUCUAUGCUCCCUGGUCCUGGUCAUCCCCCCUCGAAUGGAGCAACACCCUUACCCGGUGGCCCUCCCAACUCGCAAGCCCUCUCCGGCCUGCCUCCUAACCUCCUGGCGUUAUUGCAGAACGCUCAAGCAGCCCAACACCCAGGGUCUUCGGGUCCAUCGCAUGCACAGGGUAUGCCACCUCCGCCUUCUUCUAUGGGUGGAGGACCGCCUGGGCCGGGAGGGUAUGGGAUGCCGCCGCCAGGUGGAGGGCCUGGUGAUUUAUUGGAGGUUGUCGGUAUCGGAUGGGUGCUAAUCUCGAGUCUCGUAGAAUGCUGCGAAGAGGAACUGAAGGUGGUUAUAUGA